AUUAUAUAUUCAUAAUCUUCAAUUCCUUGUCAUCGUUUCUCUGUGCAGAAACUAGCUGUAGCAAAAGCAGGUAGCCAUGGACUUCACUCCGCUUACCGACGCAUUAGCCUCCAAAUUGUACGAUAAGAUUUCUGAUAUCUGCGAUGAACUCAUGCUCAAGUUCGCAGCCGAGGGAGUUCAUUUUCAGGACGAGUGGCCUUAUGCGAUUCAUCUUCUUGGCCACAUUUAUGUUAAUGAUAUUAACAGUGCUCGAUUCCUUUGGAAAUCAAUACCUUCUGCUAUCAAAGAAAACCAAACGGAAGUCGUAGCGGUCUGGAAACUUGGUCAGAGAUUAUGGACACGUGACUAUGCCGGUGUACAUGAGGCCAUUGGUGGUUUCGAAUGGAGUCAAGAAACCCGGGUUCUUGUGGCUGCAUUCUCAGAACUUUACACCAAGAGGAUGUUUCAGUUGUUGCUGUCUGCUUAUUCAACAAUAAGCAUCCAAGACACAGCUUGCUUUCUGGGAAUGAACGAGGAUGAUGCUGCAAAUUACGUAUUACAGCAAGGUUGGAUUGUUGAUCCAGCAUCUCGAAUGCUAACUGUGAAGAAGCAGCCAAUUGUGACAGAACAAAAACUGGAUUCCAGCAAGCUACAGCGUUUGACAGAAUAUGUAUUCCAACUUGAGCAUUAAUCAUACUUUAAAAGAGUCUGAACUUUUUUUUUAACACUUUGUGCCACUUAGAUCGUUCGAUUGAACCAGUAAAUGCUUUGAAGAUUUUCAGGACGUGUAAA